AGGCGUCCAUUUUGGCCGGGAAGCUGCACAGUCUUGUUGUGUUUACACUCUCUUACCCGGGUCUACCACCGUUACCUCCAUAUUUUACCCCUUUUUAUCGUACCCUUGACCCUCUCCGCCCACCCCUGGGCACUAUAACGUGCCCUGAGAGUGGCAGGAAGGGCAGAGGCCGCCUGUGGCCCUUAAAAACCUCACAAAUAACAAGAAUUAAGCGUGUGUUACCAUACCCUCGUGCCAGACUGGGUCCUCCAUAUUUCACAAAAUGUCAGAAUCCGGCGCCUCUCCGGCCAAAAUAAAAAAGCUAGACCCCACAGAGGAGGUUCACGAGACCCGGGAAUAUGACCCAGAGACACAGAAGGCCCUGGAGGAGAUAGACUCGUGUCAGAACGAAAUAGAUCAGCUUAAUGAGAAAGCCAGUGAGGAGAUCCUGAAGGUGGAACAAAAAUAUAACAAACUAAGAAAACCAAAUUUUGAGAACCGAAGCAAAAUUAUCCAGAGGAUUCCUAACUUCUGGGUGACUGCUUUUGUUAAUCACCCUCAGAUUUCUGCUAUACUUGAAGAAGAAGAGGAAGAAUGCCUACAUUACUUGACCAAAUUAGAUGUAGAGGAGUUUGAUGAUAUUAAGUCAGGCUACAGAAUUAAAUUUCAUUUUGAUGAAAAUCCGUACUUUGAAAACGAAGUUCUUACAAAAGAAUUUCACCUUGGCUCGACAGGUGAUCCUGCAUCACAGUCUACAGACAUCAAAUGGAAAGAAGGACACAAUCUGGUAGAACGAUUUCGACAGAGGAUGCAGCAAGGGGAAAAAGGCGGGACAGGCCGGAAACGUCCUCUGGAACUUCGAUCAUUCUUCUCUUGGUUUUCUGAUCACGGAGACCCAUCAGCUGAUGAAAUUGCAGAGGUUAUCAAGGAUGAUAUGUGGCCAAAUCCUCUGCAGUAUUUCCUAGUACCCGACAUUGAGGUAGAAAAUGGUGAAGGGGAUGAUGAUGAAGAAGAGCUGGAGGAUGAGGAAGUGGAUGACAAUGUAGUAGUGGUUGAAGAAGAAAUUGAAGAAGUAGAUGAAGAAGGUGUGGAGGAAGAGGAAGAAGAGGAAGCACCAGGAGAAGAGGACGGAGAAGCGGAUGAGUGAGGCAGGCUAUAGCGGCGGCUCCGGAGUUCCAAGACAAAUAUUGCCCCAAGCGUUAUCGGUCAUAAAUAGGAAUGGUCUCAAUGGUUCACUUGAUCAGAUUACCUUUGCUAGUUAUAAGAUAGAUUGAUUUUAGACGUUGCUGUUCUCAUUUAAGUAUAUAUUUAAAUAUUGUUCUCUAAGCAAAGGAUAAAUGGUCAUUUUUUGUGGAAUCUGUCAUGACAAAUCUUAGCCAUUUUUAUUUUUUUCUUAAUAUUUUGGUGUACUCCAGUUUGUUAUCUUAACAUGUUUAAUUCAUUAAAAAAGUUUAUUUAAAUUUCAAGGUACCAUCCUAAGAAUAUGGAGGAUAGUGACACACAGCUAGACCUUUUUAUACACACGAAAUUAAAAUUAUCUCAAAUUUAUUCUCAUGCUUUGCCCAAAUUGACACCCUACACAAGUUAGCAUGUGUACAGUGGGUAUGCAGUAAUUUAUAAUAUGAAAAAAAAAUUCUUUUUAUGAUUGAGAAUGCAAGGUGUAUAUUGUUGGGAAUGUCUGCCAUACCCAUUGAACACUUGAUUUUGAAAGAUUCCUGCUUCAAAAUUACUAACAGUGUAGAGGGGGGGAGUAUAAUUAGAAUACAUUGAAUAGAAUGAAGUAUCAUGUACAAGUUUUCUACACUGGGAACGAAAGUUACAUGUCAUGAUGUAUGAUCAUUCCUAGCAUUAAAAGUCACUUUUGUAAUUUGGAUUUCUUACCUGUUUUUCAUAUGGAAUUUCAGGGGUCUUUAGCUCUCAUACUUUAUUUAAAUGCCCCAUUUGUGAAUGUUGGUUUAGUGCUUUUUUUGUGAAUAUUAUGACUGCUGCUCCACCCAAGGCAGGUUAUGGCAUUUUCUGUACUAUUAAUGAGUUAAUUUAUGGUAUUAUUGUGAAUUAUCAAAAUUCACGUAUCAGCUCAAACUAUUUUAAACUAAAUUUCUUACUAUAAUUUAAAGAAAUGGUAUAUAUAAUAAGCGAGUCAUGUGAUGCAUUGAAGAGGCUGUUCUGUGAUCCUAAGUAGAGCAGCAGCAGCAGGUACUGUCUAAACUCAGCCUUCCAAACAAAUAGUCUUGUCAGCUAUAUACUUGAAGGUCUGCCAGACCCAGAGGGUCUACCUGUAAUGUAAAUUCACCAUGACUUCUCAAAAUGAAACUAUUUGUUAUACCAAUA